AUGUGCAAAAUUGGAUCAACUCCGCAGAAUGACUGGUACUUUUUCAGCCACAAAGACAGAAAAUAUCCAACAGGUUCAAGAACAAAUAGAGCAACAAAUGCAGGAUUCUGGAAGGCUACAGGGAGGGACAAAUGCAUAAGGAACAGCUUUGAGAAGAUUGGUAUGAGAAAAACCCUUGUUUUUUACCGCGGCCGAGCUCCCCAUGGCCAAAAGACUGACUGGAUUAUGCACGAGUACAGACUCGAAGAUAGUGAUGACGCUCAAGGGAAUUCCAGUGAGGAUGGAUGGGUGGUUUGUAGGGUUUUCAAGAAAAAGAUUCUAUUCAAAGUUGGAAAUGGAGGAGGAAGUGGGAUGAGUUCAGAUCAACUCAACACUGCAGCAGCCACCCAAUCCCGUACAUUAUUCACACAGACAGAAAGGGGAAAUCAAUAUUCAUUGCAUCAACAACAUGCUCAUGGACUUAACUUUUCUCACAUUCCAGUGGCACUGCCUCAAUAUCCACAACUACAAGCCCAAAACUUUAUACCUACCCACAAGCCAUUGGGUUGUGAUCAGUUUUUAGAUCAGUCACCAACUAUGGCGAAGCAAUUCACGUCCAACACAAGAGAUUGUGAAAGUAGAAGCACUGAUCAGAAUCUUGGUUAUGGAUCGGGUAUGGAAGCAGUCGUGAAGUGCCAACCAGAGAAUUUGAACGAAUGGGGUAUGAUCGAUCGACUUGUGACGUCUCAACUUGGACAUGAUGACUCAUCUAAAGGGGUGAGGUUUGAGGAUGCAAAUGAACCAUCAAUGAACCAAAUCAAUCAACUAUCUUUACGAAGCAAGAUGGAUUUCUGGGGCUAUGAAAAGUAG